GCCAUUGGCUUCCUGUGAGCAGCUUUGCUGACUAUUAGCUUUUCAAUGUUUCUUGAUAUCUUUGUAAUAACUUCUAUACUGAGUCGAACAUUAUUGAACAAUAACGACAUAAACAUUCUGUGAUUAAACUGUCGGACAAGCCCACUUAGCUGGGUAUACAUAGUUAAUACAGUAUAAACAACCUAGGUGCACGAGUUCGAAACACCGCACGAGCUGAAGCGGCGCAGGCAGAAGGCUCUGAAGGCAACCCAAGUGUGAUCUGCAUUUUAAAACCUUGUGAGAGGUUCCCCCUGUUCGUCUGCAAGAAGAUGGGCAUCUAAACAUUGUGUGCUCUCAUGGCUCGUCUCCUGCUCUGACCCCUUGGUAUAUCCAGGAUUAAAAAUGAGCGUAAGCAGCGAUGAGGUUAACUUCCUGGUGUACAGAUACCUGCAGGAGUCAGGCUUUUCCCACUCUGCCUUCACGUUUGGCAUAGAGAGCCACAUCAGCCAGUCCAACAUCAACGGGGCGCUGGUGCCCCCGGCUGCCCUCAUCUCCAUCAUCCAGAAGGGCCUGCAGUACGUGGAGGCGGAGGUCAGCAUCAAUGAGGAUGGCACGCUGUUCGACGGGCGGCCGAUCGAGUCCCUGUCGCUGAUCGACGCGGUGAUGCCGGACGUGGUCCAGACGCGGCAGCAGGUGUACCGGGACAAGCUCGCCCAGCAACAGGCCGCCGCCGCAUCCUCAGCCGCCGCCGCUGGCAACGCUGCGGCGUCAGGAGGCGCCAAGAACGGCGACAACACGGCCAACGGAGAGGAGAACGGACCACACACCUUAGCCAACCACCAUGCGGAGAUGAUGGAGGUGGACCGGGCGGUGGAGAUCCCGGCCAGUAAAGCCAUGGUGCUGCGCGGUCACGAGUCCGAGGUGUUCAUCUGUGCCUGGAACCCCGUCAGCGACCUGCUCGCCUCUGGGUCCGGGGACUCGACGGCUCGGAUCUGGAACCUGAGCGAGAACAGCUCGGGCGGCUCCACACAGCUGGUCCUGAGACACUGCAUCCGAGAGGGAGGCCAGGACGUGCCUAGCAACAAAGACGUCACCUCACUCGACUGGAAUAGUGAGGGGACGCUGCUGGCAACUGGCUCGUACGACGGCUUUGCCAGAAUAUGGACUAAAGAUGGUAACCUUGCCAGUACCUUGGGCCAACACAAAGGGCCUAUAUUCGCCCUGAAAUGGAAUAAGAAGGGCAACUUCAUACUGAGCGCUGGGGUCGAUAAGACUACAAUCAUUUGGGAUGCACAAACAGGAGAAGCCAAACAGCAGUUCCCAUUCCAUUCCGCGCCUGCCCUAGACGUAGAUUGGCAGAGCAACAACACGUUUGCCUCCUGCAGCACAGACAUGUGCAUCCACGUGUGCAAGUUGGGCCAGGACCGACCCGUCAAGACAUUCCAGGGGCACACGAAUGAGGUGAAUGCCAUCAAGUGGGAUCCCCAAGGCAACCUGCUGGCCUCCUGCUCUGACGACAUGACUCUGAAGAUCUGGAGCAUGAAGCAGGACGGCUGUCUGCACGACCUGCAGGCCCACAGUAAGGAGAUCUACACCAUUAAAUGGAGCCCCACGGGGCCAGGAACCAACAACCCCAACGCCAACCUGAUGCUAGCCAGCGCGUCCUUUGACUCGACGGUACGGCUGUGGGACGCAGAGCGCGGCUCCUGCAUCCACACGCUCACGCGCCACCAGGAGCCCGUCUACAGCGUGGCCUUCAGCCCCGACGGACGGCACCUGGCCAGCGGCUCCUUCGACAAGUGUGUGCACAUCUGGAACACGCAGAGUGGAGCGUUGGUGAACAGCUACAGGGGAACAGGGGGCAUAUUUGAGGUCUGCUGGAACGCAACAGGGGACAAAGUGGGAGCCAGUGCAUCGGACGGAUCAGUCUGCGUGUUAGAUCUGCGGAAAUGACGCUGCCAAUAGGAAGCCAUGGACCGACUCUGAAUGUGUACAUAGCCAAAUUGACUGUCUGUCUGUCCCUGGCCCCAUCCACUGCUGUAGGCCCUGUGCUGAAGCCUCCCACUGCUGAGUCCAUGCAUACAAAGGCAUCGCCCUGUCUUGGGUGCCAGGAAAAAGUGGAUCGUACUCUCUUUGAUGUUAUCCACAGGACUGUUGAACGAACGAACACACACAUGAACGAACACACACAUGAACGAACACGGACAUGCACACGAUCGAACACACACACACACACACACACACACACACACACACACACACACACACACACACACACACACACACACACACACACACACACACACACACACACACACACACACACACACACACACACUCACACACACUCACACACACUCACACGCAGACAAGCCUAGGCCACAUAUCACUGUUUGUGUCGGUUCUUUCUCUUAUAUGUUGAGUCAGUAGAUUAUACAUUCAGACCUAUAUAUCACUGCUGAUGUGUGCAUAUUGUACAUAUCAGUAUUUCAUUUUGCCAUCGUGGGGUUUGUUCGUCAAGUUGGGUUUGAGGAGUACAACCCCCACCCCCACAGACACUGAUAGUGAGAUUUCUAACCCCUGGACUAUUUUUUUUCUUUCUUUCUUUUUUUUCUCACAAAUUGCAGAUGUGUGUAAAAUUGACAAAUCAAUUGGGGAAAGUAUAUCCACGAGGAGUAUUUGACAGGUGUGGCACAAACCCUUAUUUCAAAAUGGUAUUUUUUUUUUUGCAUCUAUGAUUUACUUGCCAACAUUUUAGAACAGUAUAGAAGACAUCAGUAGCAGGCGUAACCAUCUUAAAUGUCCUCUGUGAUGGCCCGUUGAAGCCCUAGAGGUUUCAGAUUGACUGCUCCAUAGAAAUGCAUUACUGAAAUGGAAAUCCCACUGCAACAACGGACUGGUCAGAGCACCACUGCACAUGGCUAACUGUAAUAUAUCACUUUUUUAAUGUUUAAGUGCUGUGGUUGUGCACACAUCUUUAUCAUGCUCAAAAUUCUGCACUUCUCGUCUGCUAUCGGUCGUUGUCUUUGGAGUGAGGCUCAUUCAGGUGUGUGAGGAGUUUGGUUUUGAGCUACACGAUGUGCCUGCUAUUCAACAGUACGUGGUUCAGAUGUGAAAGGGCUCGGCAGGAGGCUAAAGACAAUCUGCAGAGCAGCAGUGGGGAGACAUGCAUUGAUCUGGCUUUAUGCUGUUUAUUUGAUGUUCAGACGAGGUCCUGUGGACAUUCACCACUAAUGUGUGUGGGGAAUGCUCGCCACUGGUAGAACUGGCCUCAGCAAAUUUGGGUGGACUCCAUAGUAAGUCGGUCAUUCAGAAGCCAUCACUUUUUGUCUUUUCUACAGGACCUUGGAUGUGCAGCACGUCCAAAUGUCAGUUGUGUGUACUUGAUAAGUCCAUGGCUCCCUCAGUGAAAGCGCGUGUUCAUAUGCACAUUAGCAGACAAGAGCAAUGCAGCUAACUUGUGAUUCAGGUGGCUAUUGGGCCAACUGCAUUGGAAAGCCAGUGAGCUCCGUGUGUAUGGGUGUGUGUGUGUGUGUGUGUAUGGGUGUGUGUGUCAGGGCCUUGAGUACCAUCUUUUUUUCAUUGGUUUGCCAGGAAGGAAGAUAUAGAUGGGUUUUGUUGAUAAAAGCUUUUUUACACAGAACUGAUAAGUGUUGGGCUGCAGGGUCAUGAAAACACACUUUAAGAAAAAAUAAAACAAGAAACUGAAAUGGUAACAGUAAAGCAUAUAUAUAUAAAAUAUAUAAAUAUUCUAUAUCUGUGCUGUCACAGGGGUUUAUAAAAUAUUUGCUACUCCUAUGAGAAGCUUUUUUUUUUUUAUUUGAUUUGAGACAUUCAUGAUUAUUGCACAUUUCAUGUGCAUCUUCUGAAUACAUGUCAUCACCAUUAGCUGUAAUGUAUAGUGUUUUUGUUUGGUUGUUUAAACAAUAAAAUACCAUUAGACAGUCCUAGAAGAGCUGCUACAUCCCCAGUCAACCACACGGAAGUUAUUUUCCUGCACUUUAAAUUAACUUGAUUUUAGCAGGCACUUAAAAAUGGUUGAAAGGAAGAGUUUUUUUGUUUCAUCUGGAAUGUUCCUUUCCAUCUUUGCCUUACUCACUCUAAAACCUGUUCAGGUGUGUGUGUUCACCUGUACAGAAGCAAGGGUGAGGUGGGUGUUAAAACAGUGUUGGGAGAAAGUGCAGUGGCUUGGGGCCAACUUCAUGGCAUUCCAUGUUGUACCAUUCUGUAGCUUAGCAUAGCAGGGCUAGCAAAGCCAAACCUUUCUCAUUAACAGUCUCCGUUGUGAUUUCUGAUUUUUUUUUUUUUUUUUUUUUUUUCAGAAUGUCACAAUUCACUUAAUGAAUUUUUUUGUAAAGAGUUGAGAGUAUUUUGAAGUUUGCUUUAAUAUAAUCAACAGUAAUUAGAUUGUACCAUAAGACACUAUUUAUUAUAUUGUCUACGACAGUGGAAUGGUAUUUUAUAAUGUUUUGAUUUUAAAAGAGAUGCUUUUUACAGUGUAUUUGAGUGUUUUUGCUUCCUUAUGGUCUGACCUAAAAUGCCUAGUUUUAUCUUUACUAUGUCUAUGGCCCUUGAAGGUUUUGUACUCUGAAAACUUUUUAUAAUUCUGUCUACAGAAGGAACACACCUGGUUGUAUCUUACCAUCCUCCCGGACCAUACAAAUACUUGUUUGAUAUCUUUUUUUUUUUUUUCUUCUCCCCUUGAUCGGUUUGUGUCAUAGUCCUGAUGUACCAUUUCCCCCUACUUGCCCACGUCCUGUUGCUGUUGCUAUCUUUACUAUGUUGAUCUGGCUUUUGUGAUUUGAGUCAGAUCAAAUGGAAAAAGUCCAGAAUAAAAUAUAUUUUGAUAAUA